CGACUAUGAUACGAAAGGCAUUACGUUUCACCCUCUCUUUCUGACGACAUCUCGGGCAAACAAAUCAUAGAGACACUUCGCAACGUAUCGCUGCGCAUUUCUAUUGCAAAACAAAACAAAACAAAACAUCAUAAAGAAUCAUGCCAACGGGAACUAACCAAGCCCACGUUCAAGACUGGGGUUCUGUCAAUGUCGGACGUGCGUCUCGCCCUACCGCGAAAAAAUCGGUUGGCGUGGAGAAACGAUAUGGGGCCGGUGGAAAUGCAUCGGCACACAGCGGAGGCAUCAUGUCGGCGAGAAAGGUAGGUCACCUAUGCUGCAACAGAUCGGAAUAAAGAAAUUGGAAAUUUUGGUGUAUGUUUAUGGUUGUCGCAAACGAUUGUGAGUCCACGUCUAAUUCCAAUUUGCCGAUGGCUCGUGUCGAUUCAUUCGUUUCUUCCCUUUAUUUGCGCCUCCUCAAAAUCGGGUGCGCUGAAACUGGAUCAUUAUGACGUCUAUAAUCCCGAUACAAACAGCUGGAGGAGGCCACCGACGUAGGAACCAUUGCCAAGGUCGACAUGUCUCUAAGAAAGGCAAUCAUGCAGGCCCGAACGGCCAAGAAAAUGACUCAGAAGGAACUAGCAACGGCUAUCAACGAAAAACCUCAGGUCGUGGCCGAAUACGAAUCCGGAAAAGCAAUUCCGAAUCCCCAAAUUAUCAGCAAAUUAGAACGCAAGCUCGGAACUAAAUUGCCACGCCCCGGAAAAUCAAAGCUUGCAAAAGACACUAAGACUACUGCGAGGAAGCCCGGACAAUCGGCGGCAGCCGCCAAAGGUCUCACCCGCGGAGGUCCGGCUAAGCGACGAUAAACAAAAUAGACUGAGUGGACGAAGCAUCGUCAGAGCUGGAUAUUCAUGGCAACCGAAUAAGUGAAUUACGAGUGCUCAUUGUAGACUUAUUCGGUCCAUGUAAUAUAUCUUGUUGUCAAAUAUACGUGGAAUGCAAUCCAAAAAGAGCUUCGGGAACUAUUCUCUCGCGAAUGGAGGGAGGGGAUCCGUCCACUGUUGAAGUUCAAUUGUUGGUUGUGCUCAACGUGACAAAUAAGAUGGUCAGGAUUCAGAAAAAAUUCAAUAAUUCUUCAGGAUUAAAUUUCAAUUUCUCCUUUGAUGAACGCCUUAUCAUCAACAUAUUCCCUCGCAAAACUGAGUGAUUCUCUAAGAUAUUUUAGGACUGAAAUUCCUUGUCCUUUUCAUAAUGUAUUUGAUACGUGCCGUUCCCAUUCGUUGACUAUGCUUGUAGACAAAAGGGCGCACAGGCGGAUAAUCCAUUUCUUCAGUGAAGUCGUGAUUUGAAAUAGAAAUACACUUGACGA